AUGGGCUGGCUUUUUCUAAAGGUUUUGUUAGUGGGAGUCAGUUUCUUAGGAUUUCUUUAUCCUCUUGUGGAUUUCAGCAUUAGUGGGAAGACAGACCAGAAACCAAAUUUCGUGAUCAUUUUGGCUGAUGACAUGGGGUGGGGUGACCUGGGAGCCAACUGGGCAGAAACAAAGGACACUGCCAACCUGGAUAAGAUGGCUUCAGAAGGAAUGAGGUUUGUGGACUUCCACUCGGCUGCCUCCACCUGCUCGCCCUCCCGAGCCUCCCUGCUCACUGGCCGCCUGGGCCUGCGCAAUGGAGUCACGCACAACUUUGCAGUCACCUCUGUGGGGGGCCUUCCGCUCAAUGAGACCACCUUGGCAGAGGUGCUGCAGCAGGCUGGCUACGUCACCGGGAUGAUAGGCAAGUGGCAUCUUGGGCACCACGGCUCUUACCACCCCAACUUUCGUGGUUUUGAUUACUACUUCGGAAUCCCAUAUAGCCAUGAUAUGGGCUGUACGGACACCCCGGGCUACAACCACCCUCCUUGUCCUGCAUGUCCGCAGGGUGAUGGACCAUCAAGGAACUCCGAGAGAGACUGUUACACUGACGUGGCCCUUCCUCUCUAUGAAAACCUCAACAUCGUGGAGCAGCCCGUGAACCUGAGCAGCCUUGCACAGAAGUAUGCUGAGAAAGCAACCCAGUUCAUCCAGCAUGCGAGUGCCAGCGGAAGACCCUUUCUGCUCUAUGUGGGCCUGGCACACAUGCACGUGCCCUUAUCUGUGACCCAGCUAUCAGCAGACCCACAGGGCCCAAGGCCUUACAAUGCAGGUCUCCGGGAGAUGGACAGUCUGGUGGGCCAGAUUAAAGACAAAGUUGACCACACAGCAAAAGAAAGCACAUUCCUCUGGUUUACAGGAGACAACGGCCCAUGGACUCAGAAGUGCGAGCUGGCGGGCAGUGUGGGUCCCUUCACUGGAUCGUGGCAAGUUCAUCAAGGGGGAAGUCCAGCCAAGCAGACCACCUGGGAAGGAGGGCACCGGGUCCCAGCACUGGCUUACUGGCCUGGCAGAGUCCCAGUCAAUGUCACCAGCACUGCCUUGCUAAGUGUGCUGGACAUUUUCCCCACCGUGGUUGCCCUGGCCCGGGCCAGCUUGCCCCAAAGCCGGCACUUUGAUGGUCGGGAUGCCUCUGAGGUACUCUUUGGCCGUUCGCAGACUGGGCACACGGUGCUGUUCCACCCCAACAGCGGGGCUGCUGGAGAAUAUGGAGCCCUGCAGACUGUCCGCCUGGAGCAUUACAAGGCCUUCUAUGUCACCGGUGGAGCCAGAGCCUGUGAUGGGAGCAUCGGGCCAGAGCAGCGCCAUGAGCCUCCCCUUAUUUUCAGUCUAGAAGACGAUCCUGCAGAACGUGUGCCUCUAGACAGGGGCGGUGCCCAGUACCAGACGGUGUUGCCCAAGGUCAGAAAGGCCCUCACAGAUGUCCUUCAAGACAUGGCCGAUGACAACAUCUCCAGAGCGGAUUACACUCAAGAUCCCUCCGUGGCUCCCUGCUGUAAUCCCUACCAAACUGCCUGCCGCUGCCACACCGCCUAA